GCAGGAAAUAGACUCCUGCCAUUCACCUCAUCCUCAAAAACUUUUUGUUUGCAGUUUUGUUUUGUUUUGUUUAUAGCCCGGAUACUUGUCAGAAUUUGAAAAGCAUAAUAUUCAGGAACUAUGAUUCUCAGGAGAAGUCUCUUCUUGUUGCUUCUGUCUACAUUCCAUCAAGUAGCACCUCAAGAUGGAGAGCAGGAGGACGAGAUGUCUUUCGACUUGUUCGAAAUAAGCCACAUCACACGCAAGACUCUAGGGGCCAAAACUUUCCGGGGCCCAAACUCUGAUGCCCCUGCCUACCGCUUCAUCCGCUUUGACCACCUGCCUCCAGUCAGCGCCCCCAUCCUGAAACAAAUCCUCCGGCAGAUCCAAAACAACGAGGGCUUCGUGUUCGUCGCCAGCAUCCGGCAGGAUCGGUCCUCGCGGGGGACCCUGAUCGGCCUGGAGGGCCCCGAUGGUCGGAGGCAGUUCGAGAUUGUGUCCAACGGCCGCGCCAACACUCUGGAUCUGAUAUACUGGGUGGACGGCUCGCAGAACGUGGUCUCGUUCGAGGACGUGGACCUGUCGGACUCGCAGUGGAAGAACAUCACGCUUCACGUUCACGGGGAGAACGCAAACCUGUUCGUGGGCUGCAGCCUGAUCGACAGCUUCAUCCUGGACGAGCCGUUCUACGAACAUCUGCAGGCCGAGGGAAGCCGGAUGUAUGUGGCAAAGGGAUCCAUUCGGGAGAACCACUUCAGGGGUCUUCUUCAGAACGUGCGUUUCAUCUUUGACACCUCGUUGGAAGAUAUCCUCCAGAGCAGAGACUGCGAGGUGACUAAACAAGAUAAUGAAAACGUUGUGAGUAAGAGCACUGAGGUUGUGGAUGUGGGUCCGUCCAUCACAACAAACAUCAUAGGUCAGAAGACCGACGACCUCGGCGCAGAUAUGUGCGAACGCUCAUGUGAGGAACUUAGCACCAUGUUCCAGGAGCUCAAAGGCCUCCGUGUUGUUGUCAGUAAUCUCAUUGACGGCUUGCAAAAAGUGACAGAGGAGAACACGGUCAUGAAGGAGGCCCUAGGGAGAAUGAAGGACUCUAAAGAGAAAAACAUGUGCUGGCAGGACGGGCGUCUGUUUGAAGACAAGGAAGAUUGGGUUGUAGACAGCUGCACUAAAUGUACCUGCCAGGAGUCCAAGAUCGUGUGUCACCAAAUUACAUGUCCACCAGUAGCCUGCGCCAGCCCCUCUUUAAUUGAUGGAGAGUGCUGUCCUGUGUGCAUGCCUAAAGACAGUGAGGAUGGCUGGUCACCCUGGUCAGAAUGGACAGAGUGCACAGUCACCUGCGGGAUAGGAACUCAACAAAGAGGCCGGUCAUGUGAUGCAACCAGCAACCCCUGCAGUGGACCCUCAAUACAGACCCGCAAGUGUAGCCUGGGCAAAUGCGACAGCCGUGUACGUCAAGAUGGAGGGUGGAGUUUGUGGUCACCAUGGUCAUCUUGCUCCGUGACCUGUGGGGAAGGACAGAUCACCAGAAUACGGCACUGCAACGCUCCUGUGCCACAGCUGGGGGGCAAAGACUGUGAGGGGAGUGGACGAGAGACCCAGAAGUGCACUGCCAAGCCAUGUCCAAUUGAUGGUGGUUGGGGGCCUUGGUCUCCAUGGGCAACUUGUUCUGCAACAUGUGGCGGAGGAAUCAAAAGCCGUUCACGGGAGUGUAACAGCCCUCAACCUCAGUAUGGUGGGAAAAUGUGUAUUGGUGAGGCCACAGACAGUGACAGCUGCAACAAGGAGGACUGCCCCAUUGAUGGCUGCCUGUCUAACCCUUGCUUUGGAGGAGUUGACUGCAGCAGCUCUCCAGAUGGGUCCUGGGAAUGUGGCCCAUGUCCUGCUGGUUUUCGUGGCAAUGGUACCCAUUGUGAGGACAUUAAUGAGUGUGACAUGGUGUCUGAUGUUUGCUACAAAGUGAGUGGAACACAGCGUUGCAUCAACACUGACCCAGGUUUCCACUGCAUGCCCUGUCCGAAGCGCUACAAAGGCAAUCAGCCUUUUGGUAUGGGUAUUGAGGCUGCCAAGAGGAACAAACAAGUAUGCGAACCAGAGAACCCAUGCAAAGACAAGACCCACAACUGUCACAAAUACUCUGAAUGCAUCUACAUCAACCACUUCAGUGACCCAAUGUACAAAUGCGAGUGUCGUACUGGCUACGCUGGAGAUGGCUUUAUCUGUGGCGAAGACUCGGACUUGGAUGGGUGGCCCAAUCAGAACCUUGUGUGUAGUACCAACUCUACUUAUCACUGCAAGAAGGACAACUGCCCAAAUCUCCCCAAUUCUGGACAAGAAGAUUUUGACAGAGAUGGUCAAGGAGAUGCUUGUGACAAAGACGAUGACAAUGAUGGAAUCCCAGAUGACAGGGACAACUGCGCCCUCCUUUACAAUCCUCGCCAGUUUGACUUUGAUAAGGAUGAUGUUGGCGACCGCUGUGACAACUGUCCCUACGAACACAACCCAGCACAGAUAGACACUGAUCAUAAUGGUGAAGGUGAUGCCUGUGCAGUGGACAUUGAUGGAGAUGAAAUUCACAAUGAUAAUGACAACUGCCCCUAUGUGUACAACACUGACCAGAAAGACACAGAUAUGGAUGGUGUUGGGGACCAAUGUGACAACUGUCCAUUGCUCCAUAAUCCAGACCAGACUGAUGUGGACAAUGACUUGGUUGGAGAUCAAUGUGAUAACAACCAGGACAUUGAUGAAGAUGGUCAUCAAAACAAUCUGGACAACUGCCCGUAUGUGGCCAACGCCAACCAAGCAGACCAUGACAAAGAUGGAAAAGGAGACGCCUGUGACUAUGAUGAUGACAACGAUGGUAUACCCGAUGACAAAGACAACUGCAGACUGACACCUAACGAAGACCAGCAGGACACUGAUGGGGAUGGAAGAGGAGACGCAUGCAAAGAUGACUUUGAUAAUGACAGCAUCCCAGAUAUCCUCGACGUGUGUCCAGAGAACAAUGCCAUAAGUGUGACGGACUUCAGGAAGUUCCAGAUGGUCCACUUGGAUCCUAAGGGAACCACUCAAAUUGAUCCCAACUGGGUGGUGAGACACCAGGGCAAAGAGCUGGUUCAGACUGCCAACUCUGACCCAGGAAUUGCAGUAGGUUUUGAUGAGUUCAGUGCUGUAGACUUCAGUGGAACGAUGUACGUGAACACAGACAGAGACGAUGACUACGCUGGCUUUGUGUUCGGCUAUCAAUCGAGUGGACGCUUCUACGUAGUCAUGUGGAAGCAGAUCACACAGACUUACUGGGAGGACAAACCCUCCAAAGCUUUUGGCAUCUCUGGCGUUUCGCUCAAAGUCGUCAACUCAACCACAGGAACCGGAGAAAACCUCAGGAAUGCUUUAUGGCACACGGGCAACACUGCAGGACAGGUCCGCACUCUGUGGCAUGACCCCAAAAAUAUUGGUUGGAAGGAUUACACAGCCUAUAGAUGGCAUCUCAUCCACAGACCAAAGACUGGCUUUAUAAGGGUUGUGGUCUAUGAAGGUAAACAGAUCAUGGCUGACUCAGGGCCAGUUUAUGACAAGACGUUUGCUGGAGGCAGGUUAGGUUUGUUCGUCUUCUCACAAGAACUGGUUUUCUUCUCUGACCUGAAGUACGAGUGCAGAGAUAAGCCGGAGUUUGCCACAGUGUUCAUAAGAUAACUGAAUG